GUGUGAAUCCCAAGCAAUGGGGGAUGGGGGGGGGUCAGCCUGGGAGCCAGACCCUACAGCUGCAGAGGGCUUGCCUGGGGGGAGACGGGGACGGUUUAGGGUCCCCAACAAUAGCGAACACCUAGGGAACGAUUUCCAGCCAGUCCCUGAUUUUCCAGCACUGUGAUGGGGGGGAGACCCUCCCUGUAAAACCUGACCCCCGAGUUCUCCGGCUGCUGGAUGAGAGCACGAGUUUCCCAGCUGCCUCCCGGGGCCCUCGAGCGGCGCUGGGAUCUCUGGGGCCGAGGGCAUGGGGAGCACAGAGCACGUGUCCCCACUCGGCUGGCGUGUGGGGAACCCACCCCGCGCUGCCCGGCUGACGCUCACCACGGAAGCAGCGGGGAUCGCGGUGAGGCUCCUUCGGGGGGUCCGUCUAGGCCGGAGCGUUGGCGAUUGGUUUCACGGCCCGUGGCCCUGCGCGGCAGAAGGAAUCAAUGUAACCAACACGUCCCCGCCAGCCCGAGUGGGGGUUUGCCUCUCUGGCCGCUCCCUCUUCUGGCCGGGCUGGGAUUUAUGGACUUGUACAUGAUGAACUGCGAGCUCCUGGCAACGUGCAGCGCCCUGGGCUACUUGGAGGGGGACGUGUACCACAAGGAGCCCGACUGCCUGGAGAGCGUGAAGGAUUUGAUCCGUUACCUGCGUUAUGAGGAUGAGACGCGGGACGUCCGCCAGCAGCUGGGCGCGGCCCAGAUCCUGCAGAACGACCUGCUGCCCCUCAUCGCCCAGUACCCACAGGACAAGCUGCUCUUCGACGCGGUCGUCAGGCUGAUGGUGAACCUGACCCAGCCGGCCCUGCUCUGCUUCGGCAAAGUCCCGCACGACCCUGGCUCCCGGCACUGCUUCCUGCAGGUUGUGUCCUACCUGCAGGCCUACAAAGAGGCGUUCGCCAGUGAGAAGGUGUUCGGGGUGCUGAGCGAGAAACUCUACGACCUGCUGCAGCUGGACUGGGAGCAGAGGCAGGAAGAGGACAACCUGCUGGUCGAGAGAAUUCUGCUGCUGGUGCGGAACGUGCUUCAUAUCCCCGCCGACCCCGAGGAGGAGAAGAGCGUGGACGACGACGCCAGUACCCACGACCGGGUGCUCUGGGCCAUACACGUCAGCGGCAUGGACGACCUGCUGAAGUUCCUGGCCAGCUCCUCGGCCGAGCAGCAGUGGGGCCUGCACGUGCUGGAGAUCAUCUCGCUGAUGUUCAGGGACCAGGAUCCGGAGCAGCUGGCGGCCACGGGGCAGGCCCGCCCGGCCAAGGAGCAGGUGGCAGACGUGAGGGACCUGGAGGUGCUGCGGCAGAGGGAGCUGGCGGAGAGGAAGAGCCGGGCGUUCCAGCGAGGGAGCAGGCACUCCCGGUUCGGCGGCUCCUACGUGGUCCAGGGGCUGAAAUCCAUCGGCGACAGGGACCUCGUGUUCCACAAGGGGCUGCACAACCUGAAAGAGCACAGCCACGACCUGGGCAAGGAGCCGCGGCGGGUCCCCAAGCGCCGGCAGCCGGCCCGGGAGGCAGAGCCGCGCCGGCGCUCGGCCCUCAACGUCCGCCUCUUCCUGCGGGAGUUCUGCGGAGACUUCCUGGAGAGCUGCUACAACCCCCUCAUGCGCCUGGUCAAGGACCAGCUGCUCCGGGAGAAAAGCCAGCAGCAUGACGAGACCUACUACCUGUGGGCCAUGGCCUUCUUCAUGGCCUUCAACCGCGGCCGGCGCUUCCGGCCCGAGCUGGUGUCCGAGACGGUCAGCGUCCGCGCCUUCCACUUCAUCGAGCAGAACCUCACCGCCUACUACGAGGCCAUGCUCCUGGACAAGAAGGAGGCUACGUCGUGGGCCAGGCGAAUGCACCUGGCCCUGAAGGCCUACCGGGAGCUGCUGACCACGGUGCAGGAGAUGGAUCGCUCCCCGGACGAGGCCGUGCGGGAAUGCAGCAAGAUCAUUAAGAAUAACAUCUUCUACCUGAUGGAGUACCGGGAGCUCUUCCUCGCUCUCUUCCGCAAGUUCCAGGAGACCCACCAGCCCCGCUGCUUCCUGCGAGACCUGGUGGAGACCACCCACCUCUUCCUCAAGAUGCUGGAGGCCUUCUGCCGAGGCAGGAACAACCUGGUGGUGCAGAGCAAAAGGGUGAGAAGGAAGAAGCAACCCCGGGCCGGCCGGGCGGCCCCCCCCGCACAGCCCCGCACCCCCCAGGAGCUGGAGGAGCUGUGGCCCAGCCUGGCGGAGCAGCUCGGCGUCUGCGCCCAGGGGACUGAGCCCCUCCCGGAAGACGUGGUCCCCUUCGACGCUGCCUCGGAGACCCCGGUGGAGGAGCAGCGAGCGGAGGCCAUGGUGCGCAUCCAGGACAGCUUAUUGGGCCGCCGGGCGCCGGCCGCCCUGACCCUGCUCCGCUCCGCCAGGGAGGUGUGGCCCGAACAGGACGUGUUCGGCUCCCCGCAGGCGGCGCUGGACGAGGAGAUCGAGCUGCUGAGACAGAUUCUCUUUGCUCCUCUUCCUCGGCAAGCGGCACCCGAGGUCGAGGAGCCGGGGGAGGAGGAGGAGGAGGAGGAAGAGGAGGUAGAGGAAGAACUGGCGUCUGUCCAGGUGUCGGAAAAAGAGUUCAACUUCCUGGAUUAUCUGAAACGGUUUGCCAGCGCCAGCGUGGUCAAGGCCUACGUCCUGCUGCUCCGGGGCUACCGGCAGAACAGCACCCACACCAACCACUGCGUGGCCAAGAUGCUGCAUCGCAUCGCCUACGACCUCAAGAUGGAGGCGCUGCUCUUCCAGCUCUCCGUCUUCUGCAUCUUCAACCGCCUGCUCAGCGACCCCUCGGCCUCCGCCUACAAGGAGCUGGUGACCUUUGCCAAGUACGUCCUGGGCAAGUUCUUUGCCCUGGCAGCCACCAACAAGAAGGUCUAUGUGGAGUUGCUGUUCUGGAAGAGCACGGCCACCGUGCGAGAGAUGACGGAGGGCUACAGCUCACUGCAGGAGGGAGAGGGCUCUGGUGCCCGGAGGGCCCCCAAGUGGACACUGCAGGAGGAGGAGGAGUUGCGGGAGCUGUACCUGAAAUACAAGGGAGUGGAAGGUGCGGACGUCGUUGGCAGCAUCCUCGCACGCCUGCGGGCUCCCGGCCGGACCCGGAAGCAGGUCGUCAAGCAGCUGGUGCGGCUGGGGCUGGCCGAGAGCGCGAGGGAUUUCCCGCGGGAGAGGAAGGGGACGCGCCUCGUGCUGUGGACGGAGGAGCAGGAGCGGGAGCUGCAGCGGCUCUUCGAGGAGUUCCAGGGCGCAGACGAUAUCCUGGGUAACAUCAUGAAGCACCUCACGGCCAAGCGCUCCAAAGCCCGCGUCGUGGAGAAGCUGCUGAGCCUGGGGCUGGUGGCAGAGCGCAAGGAGCUGUACAAGAAACGCAAGAGGAAGCCCGGCCUGCCUGGCAUGAGCGAGGACAGAUCCCCGUGGGGUGCGGCUGGCCGGGAGGACUCUGCAGAGGGGGAAGAGGAGGAGAGCGACAGCGAGGAGGAGGAGGAGGAGGAGGCCUGGGAGGAAGGGGGCGCAGAGGAGCGCCAGGAGCAGGGCAGCAAGAACCAGCUGGCGCCGGAGCAGGACGUGCAGGGCCUGGCGCGCCACCUGAGGCAGGGAGGCCUGGCUGGCUCCUUGCUGUGGCUUCAGAACUGCCUGAACCGAGCGGCCGAGGACCGGGAGGAAGAUGGCACCGCCCAGCCCGUGCCCUUGGUGCCGCUCUUGGAGGAGAAUGAGGACGCCAUGGAGAACCAGGGGUUCCAGAAGCUGCUGCGGAAGGUCGGGGUUCGGGCCCCAGCUAACGAGCAGGUAAUUACCCCCCGUCAGAGUCCCCGGGGGACGCUCGGGAACUGCUCCCUACGAAGCCAGUCAGGACUCUGGGGAGCCUCCUCUCCUGGAGCAGACUGGCUCCAGGGCAAGACGCUUCCACAGCUUUGACUUCCUGGGUCUGAC